AAAAAAUGCCCAUCCUUAUCGAAAAUUUCAAACUGGUUCAACUACUACUUUUUCUGGUUAUACAAAUAUUACUGGUUUUGCUAAUAAUAUUGAACAUCAAAAACAAACAUACAAUUAUAAUAAUCAAAAGAAAACUAAUAAAUUACCUUUAAAUAUUAAUCAUAUACCAUCUCUAAUGUCUCUCAAUUCAUUUCAACAACCAUCACGACGAAAUUGUCGUACGAUUAAACAUGCUGAACAAUUUAAAGAUAAACAUCCACCAAUUGCAGAUCCCAUAAUAGAAUGUUAUAGAAACGAUAAUAAUAUGAUUAAAAAUAAAAAUAAAUUUAAUGGAUUAAUAUUAUCUGACUCAAUGUGUAAGUAUGUACGAUCAAAAGAAGUAAGUUUAAAUCAUGUACAGGUAAGAAUAUCAUUUGAAUCUGGCUGUGAUUGCGGCCGAAUGCUCAAUUAUUUAGAGAAACAAUCUAUUGAUCAAAAUAAUAUAAUUUUAUCGGAUUUUAUUGUUUUCUCUUUAUGUACUAAUGAUGUAGCAAAUUUAGGACCAAAAACUGCCCUUCAACAAUGUCGAUUUUUAAUUGAACGUACACGAAUACUAUUCCCUCAAAUAAAAGCUAUCGGAUGGUUAGCUCUCUCACCAAGGUGGAAACCAUCGAAAUUAUUUAAUUCUAUAGACAUCAACAAAAGUAAUCAAAUAUUUAAUCAACUUCUAUAUAAAUUAUCAAAAGAAAUGCACUUCGAAAUUAUUGAUGCUAAUCUUCAACAUCAACAUAUGCAUCAAGAUGGCUUACAUCCAUCCAUAAUAUCUGGCCGUAAUCUGAUCGAAAGAGCAAUAUAUAAUUGGUUUUCUAAACAAGAAAGAAUACAUUCAUCAUCCAUACAAUUAAAUAGUCGUUUGAUCAAGCCCAUGUCUAAUAUAAAUAUAAAUACUAAUCAGCUUAAUCACAAUUAUCAUCAUACUACUACUGCUAAUAAUAAUAGUAAUAAUAAUAAUAAUAAUCACCAUCAUUACCAUCGUCAUUAUACUACUACUACCAAUGCUAACAAUAAUCAGUAUCAUCAUAGUAACAAUAACAAUCAUGAUCAUUAUCAUACUACUACUACGAAUAGUAAUAAUAAUAAUAAUAACAAUAAUAGUCGUCAAAAUAAUAAAACUAAUAAUAAUUAUUAUUAUACGAAUAAUGAAAUGAAACAACCAAGUACGCGUAAUACACAAGAACGAAAUAAUUAUAAAAGAAAAAAUUGUAAUAACCAACAUAUAUCAAAAGAAAAAUUACAUAACUUAUCAGGUAAGUCAUUCAUUCCACAUUAUCCACAUUUUUUGAGACACAAAGAAGAAUUCUUUCGAAAAAUUAUAAUACCUGAAGAAUUAGAAAAUCAAAAAGAAGAUAUUUUCCAUUUGAGUAGCAUACAUUAUCAAACGGAAUAUUUCAAGUCAGAAUCUGAAAAAUGGAAAAUUUAUAUGAUUGCGGCAAACAAAAAUAAGAAACGAUCCAUUGAACAAAUGGAUACCAUAAUGGAAGUUAAUGAUAGUUUACCAGUAGCUAGACCGUCACCAACAGGUCUAGCAAGACCACCAACAUCAUUAGAUCUAACUGAAUUUGCUGAAAUUUUUGAUGAAUGGUUACCAGAACCGACACCAGGACAAAAACGAAAAUUGGGACAUCGACGAGAUGAUCCACCCACACCACCAUCUCCACGACAACCUCCUCCAAUUAUUCCGAGAAAGACAUUACCACCGAGAAAUCCUAAUGUACCAUUAGCUGGAGGAUCUCUUCAGACAUCUCCAAUUUCAAAUACAGAAAAUAAUCAUAAAAAACAACAUUCAUUCAAUUCACUUCUUCCUCUUGAGAGAAAAAAAGAAAAUGAACAACAAAUACGAUUACCAGAUGAAAUAAGAAUAGCAAAAGAAUUAUCAAUAAUGAUAUCACCUAUACAAAGUUCUACACCAGAACCAAUAAUUAGAUCACCAUCAGUCAUACCAAAAAAUACUGUAACAGCACAUGAUGCAUUUACUUUUGCAAUUAUCCCCAUCGAAUGUAAAUAUUAUUUCAAACAAAUGAGACAGAAGUGUACAUUUGAAACGAUAAAAGUUCAUCAAGAAUUUCUCGAAAGCAAAUAUAAAACACUAGAAAAUGAGAGAGAGGAAAAAUUACGUUCCUCAUUUGCUACACAGAUAAGAAAACAAAUAAUUGAUUUGGUAACGACUAUUAUUGAAAAAUCACUUGAAAGUAAAAAGAAUACAGAUCGAAAAAGACUAGACAAUCUUCUAUUAGAUCAAAUAAGAGAAAAAGCUGCACUUAAAAUUAAACAAGUAGGAACGGAAUCAGAACAACAAUAUUUACGGAAUUUGCAUGAAAAAUUCAUGAGAACAUUAGAUCUCAAACUGCAAUUAGAUAAAUUAGAGAAGAGAUUUGUAGAGAAUAUGCCACCACCAUCUCUUAAUGUUUUCGAUAAAUUAGAAUUAUAUGCAAAAGGACUUAAAUCAGAUAAUAAUCAUUUAAAAUCACUUCGAGAACAAUGGAAAAAUGUACUUCGAAAGGCCAAAUUAGAUCUAACUAUACUGAUGAGACAAGCAAAAGUAGUAGAAUUAGAAGAAGCAAACAAAGAGUAUGAAGAGUUGUUAAAAAAACUUUCAGAUAAUCUUCGAGAAUCAUAUGAUACUCUAUGUCAUGUAGCACGUACAAGACAUAAUCAAUUCGCAACAAAGAAACUAAAUUUUUUAGCAAAAAGGGCGUGCACAAUGAACGAAUACUAGUGCACGCCCUAUCUCGACACCAUCCAGGACAUCCUACAGCGAAACUACACCCACAUUUCAGUAGAAUAAAUUUUCCACCUCAAGCAAACAAUAAGGCGCUUAUUCUGCAAGAUGCAGAAGCUAGAAUACUUAAUCUAGGACCAAAAUUUGUACCACCAGCACCACACCAAGUUUUAGAACGUCUCCCAAAAGAAAUAGAAAAAAUGAAAGAAAAAGUUUCAGAGGCAUGGAGAAGAAAAACUAAAACUAUAGGACGAGAACCACCAACAGUAAAAAGGUUUUGUGAACGAAUAGAAGAGGAAAUUAAAAAAACUAUAGCAACAGAGAAACCAAGGGAUCCGACGGUAGAGCCGACUAUGGCAUUUUUUCGAAAAGUUCAAAAACAAAAUAGAGUUAUAUUUAGACAAACAGACAAAUCGAAAGUGUUCCACACAGAUACUCGAGAAAAUUAUAUAGAAAAGUCGGCAACAUACAUGGCAAAAACGAAUGCAUAUGUUGAAAUACCGGCAUCCCCACUGAGAGACAUGAUAGAAAAAACAGAUAGAUUUUUACGGAAUUUGGUUUCAAAAAAACAGAUGCCUCAAGCUAUGAUGGAAAAACUAAGACCAUUGCCUACAGAAUCUGAAUUACCACAUCUCUAUUACAAUCCGAAAGAUCACAAAAUCGAGGAGCCACUAAGACCUAUAGUAAGCGGAAUAAAAUCACCGCUGGCAAAAAUAUCUAGUUUUCUGGACAAAAGUAUCCGUCCUCUUUUCGACAGACAUACACCUUACGCACUGUCCAACUCAAUAAUCCUCCUCAAGCAUUUGAAAGAUUACACAACAACAACAGAGACAAAUAUGUAUACAUUUGAUAUCACGGAUCUCUACACUAUGAUCCCUCAGAAGGAAGCUGUACUGACCAUCUGCGAAUUCCUAGGUAGACAUGGAUAUAAAAAAGUUCAAGGAUUAUCGAUAAAUACAAUAAAAUCACUCUUUCUACACGUGUUAGAAAAUGCAUAUUUCGUGCUUCAACUCCCAGGUCUCGAACCCAAGUUCUACAAGCAAAUCAGGGGAGGAGCGAUGGGAUCGUCAUGUACGCAGGUACUUGCUGAUAUUUAUGUAAGGAAAUGGGAAAGUGCAUUUAUGAAACAGCAGCAACAACAAGGAGAACUCUAUUUUCGAUUUAGAGACGAUUGUUUUCUGACCAGCAGAUCACCACCAGAACAUAUAGAACGCACUUUGAUAGAGCUAGGAAAAACAGACGUCAACUUACAAAUUACAUGGGAAGGGGGAAAAACGGUCGAAUAUCUUGAUGUAAAAGUGACAAUUGAAGUCCCCAAUUUUCGAACCACCGUAUUCAGGAAACUAGCUGCACAACCAUAUGUAUUACCGUUCCACUCAUCACAUCCUCUUCAUAUCAUCAAAAAUAUACCAUACACAGCAGCCCUACGGGCAACACGUAUAUGCUCUCAUUCAGAAGAUCUCAGUCGCGAACUAGAACAGAUAAGAAUCAUGUUCCUAUUGAAUAAGUACCCUCCA